AUGGCGCCAGAGGCCGUUAGCGGCUCGUGCGGGAAGUUUGAUGUUGAUUGUAACGACUUUAAUAAAGUUAAUAAUAAAUACUUUUCCUGCUUAUGGUGUUGGUCACAUAGUUCUGAGACCAACUGCAUCCACCUCCCGUCUCACCUCCUGUCUCACCACCCAUGUCCUCUCACCUCCUCCUCUGACACCUCCGGUCUCACCUCCCCUGUCCUACCACCUCCUGUCUCACCUCCCCUCUCCUACCACCUCCUGUCUCACCACCCCUGUCCUCCCACCUCCUCCUCUUGCACCUCCUGUCUCAUGAAUGUGACAGAAACAGAUUUCAUUUCUUUUAUUGAGCGUCACUGCAAACUCACACUGCAGCCAGGCGUCACAGAGACACAGGCGUCAGAGACACAGGCGUCACAGAGACACAGGCGUCAGAGACACAGGCGUCAGAGACACAGGCGUCACAGAGACACAGGCGUCAGAGACACAGGCGUCAGAGACACAGGCGUCACAGACACAGGCGUCACAGACACAGGCGUCACAGACACAGGCGUCACAGAGACACAGGCGUCAGAGACACAGGCGUCACAGACACAGGCGUCACAGACACAGGCGUCACAGACACAGGCGUCAGAGACACAGGCGUCACAGACACAGGCGUCACAGACACAGGCGUCACAGACACAGGCGUCAGAGACACAGGCGUCACAGACACAGGCGUCACAGACACAGGCGUCAGAGAGACACAGACGUCAGAGACACAGGCGUCAGAGACACAGGCGUCACAGACACAGGCGUCACAGACACAGGCGUCAGAGAGACACAGACGUCAGAGACACAGACGUCCGAGACACAGGUGUCCGAGACACAGGCGUCACAGACACAGGCGUCACAGACACAGGCAUCCGAGACACAGGCGUCCGAGACACAGGCGUCACAGACACAGGCGUCACAGACACAGGCGUCACAGACACAGGCGUCCGAGACACAGGCGUCCGAGACACAGGCGUCCGAGACACAGGCGUCCGAGACACAGGCGUCCGAGACACAGGCGUCACAGACACAGGCGUCACAGACACAGGCGUCCGAGACACAGGCGUCCGAGACACAGGCGUCCGAGACACAGGCGUCAGAGACACAGGCGUCAGAGACACAGGCGUCACAGACACAGGCGUCACAGAGACACAGGCGUCACAGACACAGGCGUCAGACACAGGCGUCACAGACAUAGGCGUCACAGAGACACAGGCGUCCGAGACACAGGCGUCACAGACACAGGCGUCACAGACACAGGCGUCACAGACACAGGCGUCACAGACACAGGCGUCACAGACACAGGCGUCACAGACACAGGCGUCACAGACACAGGCUUGUGACAUCACGCUGGAAGGCUCCUGA